AUGGCGACUGCAGACGCUAGUAGCAGCGAUGGCAAAGGGCGAGAGGGCGAGUCCUCUGUCACCUAUUACCGGUUGGAGGAGGUGGCGAAGCGCAAUUCCUCGAAGGAAAUAUGGAUGGUGAUCCACGGGCGAGUCUACGAUGUCACCCGCUUCCUUGAUGAGCAUCCCGGUGGAGAGGAAGUGCUGCUGGAACAAGCAGGUGCAGAUGCAAGUGAAAGUUUUGAAGAUGUAGGCCACUCCUCUGAUGCCAGAGAAAUGCUGAAGCAGUACUAUAUUGGUGAUGUCCAUCCGAGUGACCUUAAAAAGAAACCAAACAAGGACACUCCGAAAAUUAAUGCCUGCAAAAGUUGCUGGUCAUACUGGAUUUUACCCAUCAUCAGCGCUGUUCUCCUAAGCUUCCUCUAUCGUUACUACACGUCGGAAAGCAGAUCGUCCUGA